CACAUCUCUAAUUUCUAAAAGAAAACGACGCGGCUUUUAUUUUCACCAGAGACAUUUAAUUAAAAAACGCAGUUUAAUCCCAAGGAGUAAACAUAAACACACUACACAAAUGGAUGAUAUGCUAAGCCCAAGCUUUUCGCUGCCCAGCAUUGGUGCACCCACGCCCAUACAUCACAGUCUGGACGCGGAUCAACAAAUAGAAGCACUACCCCAUCAGGUCUACCACCCGCCAGUGCCAAUACCACAAGAUAACAGCUCAGCUGCUACGUCGGGGCAUUCUCAAUCCGAUGGCAAUAGUGGCUCCAGCGCAGUGGAUGGCAGCAGCGGCAGUGGAUUGUUUGGACAUGAACCUUCACUGCCGCUAGCGCACAAGCAAAUGCAAAGCUAUCAGCCUUCGUCGUAUCAACAACAGAAUCCUGGCGGUAGCACGCCGCAGUCACUAAUGCAGCCACAAACACCGCAAAGUAUGAUGUCACACAUGAUGCCUAUGAGCGAACGCGGCGCAGAUGCGUCUCUCAGCAAUAUACACCAGACAAUGGGUCCGUCAACGCCCAUGACGCCUGCCACGCCCGGCUCUGCUGAUCCGGGUAUUGUGCCACAGUUGCAGAACAUUGUGUCUACUGUGAAUCUAUGCUGUAAGUUGGAUUUGAAGAAGAUAGCGCUACAUGCGCGUAAUGCUGAAUACAAUCCCAAGCGUUUUGCUGCUGUUAUUAUGAGAAUUCGCGAACCUCGCACUACGGCGCUUAUAUUUAGCUCUGGAAAAAUGGUCUGCACCGGCGCUAAGAGCGAGGAUGACUCAAGGCUGGCGGCGCGUAAAUAUGCACGCAUUAUACAAAAGCUGGGCUUUCCCGCAAAAUUUCUGGAUUUUAAAAUACAGAAUAUGGUUGGCUCUUGCGAUGUCAAAUUUCCAAUUCGCUUGGAAGGUCUUGUGUUGACGCAUUGUAAUUUCAGCAGCUAUGAGCCAGAGCUUUUCCCUGGCCUCAUCUAUCGAAUGGUGCGACCACGUAUUGUGCUACUGAUCUUUGUCUCCGGCAAAGUUGUCUUAACAGGCGCCAAGGUUCGGCAGGAGAUUUAUGAUGCCUUUGACAAGAUCUUUCCCAUAUUGAAAAAGUUUAAGAAGCAGUCCUAA